UACAACCCUUGCAUCAUACCACUCUCUCUCUCUACCAACCAUCGCUCUCACAAACCCUAUCUCCUCGCAGAUGUGAUUCAGCGUUCUCUAACCCUAACCCUCACCAUCGCCGGAAGAUACCAGCGAUUUGAUCCGUAAUACAUUACAACUGUGAUGAUACCCUAAUGGAAUAGAGUGCCUUGAUAACGAUUAUGGUUUGAUUUUUCUUCUGGCAGUUCAUUUGCUUUCAAAAUUCAAGAUAAGAGGGGUCGUAUGCACAUAUUUAUUAGUGAAGGUGCAAUGGAUGUUGUACCUUUCUCAGCUGAAAAAGAAGGCUGGCGGAACUCUUGCGUUAGUCAAACAAGGUCAAGACAAGAUAAAGUCAACCCCAGCAGGGGAAUAUCUUACAUCGGCUCUGAAUGAUUUUGACCUGGAACAUUAUGAUGGUCUCGCAGCUAUUUCUGAUGGAACAAACAAGCUACUAAUGCUGGUUUUGGCUGCUGUUAUUAAAGCAGGUGCUUCACGAGAACAUGAAAUACUUGCUGAACUUUUAACUUUUAAUCUAACUUUUAGUAUCCCCACCUGUUACAUCAGUCCGCUAGCCUGGGCCAAGUCUGCAGAGAAAAUGGGACCCGGAUUGCAUGAAUACCGCAACACAUAUGACAAGAACUACUGUUUAGGGCAGCUCAUAUUUUGGCAUAACCAAGCUUACGCAGAGCCUAAUGCUAACCUCAUCAAAGCAAGCAGGGGUUGCUUAUCGUUACCGGAAAUCGGAUCAUUUUAUUCCAAAAUCCAGAAGCCAUCAUCUCAACGUGUCUAUGGCCUGAGAACUGUGAAAUCCAUGCUUUCUAGGAUGGUUAUGGAGCAGCUGGUGGAUAGACUAGACGUUGCAAUGUUUAAUGCUAUUCUUCGUGAAUCCGCUGAAGAAAUGCCAACGAAUCCGUUAUCAGAUCCGAUUGGUGAUCUUAGGGUUCUUCGUAUUCCUGCUGGAAAAUCAAGCUUUGGAGCUGGAGCCCAGUUAAAAAAUACCUGUUCGGAUCAACCCAACCUGACAAAUACCAAAAUUUACAUAUUUUGCCACCUGUAAUACAAUUCACUUUAUAUGAAGCGCUAAGCUUUUUUAGCAUUUAGCUUUCUGUAUCCAGAAUACCUCAGUGAUUUAGGAAAAGAGCUCACGUUAACUUUUGAAGUCAACCGAUUACAUUAGAAACGAAAAUUUUGUAAGAUUUUAUUACUAAAAUGUCACAGACCAUUACUUAUGCUUAUUUUUCCAGUUUAGAUCAUUAAACCCUAA